AUGGUUCGUGUCACGGAAGAGCUGGCUCUGUCCGCCGAGCACCUCACCCUCUACCACGCCGCAGACCCCCUCCUCGGCCACUUGCCUGUUCUCCUGUUCCAUGGCCAUUCCACCACCGCGAAUUACACCCUAAACAGCUCCCGUGUUCAGAUCCACGUCUACAGCCCCGCCGGUUUCCAGUCAUUCCCGCGCCUGACCAUUCAGCCCAACUCGCCCUUCUAUACAGUUGUCAAUCACUUGCCGCGCGAAUGGCAGGGCGACGAGGUUUACCGAGGCCUCGCCUUCGGCUUGUUCAAGUACUUUCAAGAGCUGCCCGAGGUCGUCAAGAAUCAUCUCAAGAACACGUACCCGACCACGAGGGGGCGCCGCCCGGGAAGUGGGCCCGCGCUGUUUGGGGAGCAGCACGCCGCCGACCUUGCCAAGAACAUGAUGAAGAGUGAAAAUACCGCCGAGGUGUUGGAGACGCUACAGACCGCCCUUCAGACGCAGCAUCUAAACAAUAUCGAUGUCGACUUUGUGCUGCCACCCGGCUCCGUUGUGCCGCUGCAGCUCGACGACCUGGAGGAGGUUCUUGAGGAUGAAGAUGACAUUCUGGACCCGACGCUGCGGCAAUAUGGGAGAUAUACGUCGUUGGUGAAACUGCUAGGAGAGCCCGUAUUCCUGCCCACUUCGAGAUUACGGAGGGCGCCGUCUAAGCCCACCUCGCUGAAUCGCAGCAAGUCCUUCUCCAAGGACCAAAAGGUGGAGUUGAGAAUGAAGCUUGGGGAACUGGUCGAUACUGAAGAGAGAUACGUUCUGAAGCUGAACGAGCUGGUAAAACACAUCGCCGACGAUUUUAGACAAUCAGCGAGGCAUCGGGACCCGAGCAGCUUAAGCCCAUCCGAGGAGGAACUCGAGAAGCUCUUCCCAGUAUCGGCCGAUAGGAUCCUGCAAAUCAACUCUGCCUUCAUGCAGGAACUGCGCAGGAUCAUGGACUCCACCGAAGACGAAGCUCUAAAAGACAUGGAGACGACAACAGUUGCGCUGACAGGAUCCAAGCUGGGAUCCCCGUCCAAGGCAAAGGAUCCCAGCGGCGCGCUGGCGAUUGCAAGAAUAUUCCUCGAAUGGUUCCCUAAGUUUACGGAUUGCUAUCAGGAUUACAUCAGGGCAAGCCAACAUUUCCCAACACUGCUCAACUCGUUUCUCGAUGAGCAGUCAAGCUUCAGGCAACGGGUCAUUCAGAAGGGCGAGCAGACCGUUCGCUCUAUCCUUAUUGAGCCCGUACAGCGCCUCCCCCGAUACAGCCUCCUCAUCGACCAAAUUGUCCAGUGUCUUCCAAUGACACAUCCUGCGCUGCAGCCGAUGCUUAAAGCGCGCGACAUCAUCACAAAUAUUUGCUCCAUGGACGAACCGAUCCCCGAGAAGCCUCAUGUCACUGGUCGUCUGCGGAAAUUAGUCGAGAGUUGGCCCCUCGAUCUUGAGCCUCAAGGAAGAUUGGUUCUUGCGGCGGAUUUCGUCGAGCUUCCUGCACCCUACGGCCUACUUGAUCCUCCGGAAAUGGCAGAGCGUGCCGGCAUCUUCCUUCUAUUCUCUGAUUGUCUCGUUAUUCUCAAGAAGCUUGGGCCUAAGCCGAUGAACGGGCGGGAACUUUUGCGUGAGAUUGAUAAGCCCUCGGCAGCUGGGCUUCUCAUGUCCAUGACGAACGCCGCGGGUGGUAAUGCCUCGUACGAACUCGCGUUCACAGGUUGGCACAACCUUGCAGACGUGCGAUUCACUGAAUCGGCGGACGGCACACUGGUUUGGAUGACCUCGACGCAGGAAAUGAAGGGGGCGCAUGCAGGAGAAUGGGUUACAGGAACGGCUGUCACAUCCCGAUGCUUCUUGCUUGAGGAGGCAUUCGAGGCCAAGGGAUCAAAAUGGACGGAGGACAUCGUCAAGGCCCGAGUCGAAGGUCGAUUUUCAGAAAAAGAGCGUGAGGACCCAAGCUGGUCACUCCGUUCAAUCAGAAUGUCUGAUAGCAACCUUGGGAUUUUCGCUGCCGUUUUUCAAGAAGGCGCAGACCAGUUGAUUGAAGGCAGAAGGGAGCCAGCACCGAUCCGCAUCGUCAUCGACCACGAAAAGGGUACCAAAGGCGCACCGAUCGGCCAUUACGGUGUUGAGAUCACAGUCAAUGUCAGAUGCGGCGACUUGAAAAAGGUGAACCUGCAGACAGUCGGAUUGAGUGGAAGGCAUUUUGCGGACGAUGUGGCUUUGGACGACUUUUUGCCGACACUCACCAGACGAAUUAUUCAACUGCUUAGUCUGCAAUUCAACGCGUCAAAUCUCAGGCUCGCGCCAGCGCUAGUUUCAUAUUACACCAAGAUCUUGAAGAGCCUGCCCCUCAUGACCAGGGCAGAGAAGACAAGAUCAUUCCUCGCUUCAUCACCAGUCAAGGGACUCUUCUCCAGCAUUUGGGGAGGCUCCACCAACACCGAGACACACAGCACACCCAAACACAGUCGCACACCCGUCACAAAUGUCUUCCCGCCUCCGGUAUCACGAGCAAACAGUGAGGCGGGCUCGAUUUUUGGCUCCGCAAAGGGCAAAGAUGGAAUCAAGAUGGCAGGUGACGACCGCCCUGAGAAUCCGCUCGUGCGGCUGGAACAGACAUUUACGGGAUACGUUGCCAGCCUGCAGUCCCGCAAGGGCAGCAUCAUCGGACGAAUGCUGCUGAAUCGAUCAGUGGCGGAUGAGCUUUCAGUCAACGAUCUUUAUAACCGCCUGAUCGAGAGCCCCUUCGACCUAGACGCUUCUAUGGAUUUGGGAGCCGACGUCAUCUUCGUGGCUUUUGAGAAAUUCAUUCGCAUUGCAUGGUGUGAGCAAAUGGGCCCGAUCAUGACUAAACAGGCACUCGAUACAUUGCUGGAGCGGAUGAACCGACAAGUUCCGGGCAACUUUGCCGACUUUGUCAACUUCAUGUUCAAGGACAUGGCACCCCAGAACCAGAGGGCGUUCACCGCCCUUAUCAAGCUCCUUGCCGAUUUACUCGACGGCUGCGGUAACGAUGGUGAUAGGGGUAUUCUGACAGUUUCGUUCGCGGAGCUCCUGGUCCACGACGGCACGGCGCAAAACUACAUCAAUCUCUUGGACCGCUUGGUAGAGGAUUGUGAUAGGAUAUUUGACGACGCCGGCUUCGGCAUCCAUCUCACCGUCCAGCAAGCGUUUGAGUCCAUGAACUCCCGGAGCGGAAAGUCACAUACAGGCUCCCUGACGUCGAACACUUCCUCGAUCCGACGAAAGUUUGGCUUCGACACUCUGCUACGGCAAAACAGCAAAAACGACUCGGAGCGGCCUUCGGUCUGGCGCACACUCAGUAAACACGGGCGUCAUCCUGCAUCUGCGGAUGCUGCUUCGAGUUCUAGUUUAUCAAAAAUGACGUCCUCACGCGCAAGGUCUAUUGACUCGGGAACACAGCCCGGCCCCAAUAAGCUCAGAAGGCCCGGCUCCCGAGACAGGCCUCCCUUGGCUGGCGCGUUCGAUGAAGUUCCUAGGCCGACGAGUAGUUCGCAGAAGCUGGACAUGCGCCUGGAGACGAUUGGCGAGCCCGAAGUCGAAACGACGCCCGUCAAGUCGUCCAAGAAGAAGCGCCGUAGCUCACUCUCCGACCUGAGGAGUUUAAUGGCUGCGGCGGUCAUCGAUGAUCCCCAAGAGAAGAUCGAGGAGGCAUUGAUGCCGCUGCGCAUCAACAAGCAGACGUCGGAAAAAUUCAACUCAACCCCGAGGAUACCGUCGCCGUCUAGGAUACCGAUAAGCCCGACAUCCCAGAGUCUUCGAUCUCCUCGUAUGGUCUCGCCGCGUCUAAAAGAAAAUCCCGCGUCACCAGAUCCACUCCACGCCCUCCACACUCCCCACACUCCUGGAGCUCCAGAUCGUGAGAACACGCCAAGAGGCACGCCCAAGGGACACGGCAGAGGCCUGUCAACGUCCAAUAUCCCAACGCUUAGGCCGACACGCACUCUAGGCAGCUAUUCCACCGACUCCAUCCCGCGGCCGUCUACCAGCCCUGGCAAGCCUCCAGGCAGCGGCAAGCUCCGUCUCCAAUCACCUCAAAAGCUUCGUGAGCGGCUGCAGACGGAGAAGAGGGCAGUCGAGGAUGUCGAUGCAUCGCUUCAGUCGGAGCUCUCCAAGAUUGCCGAGGAGAUGUCACGGGUGAAUUCAGGUCUCGACGGGCACAGCAACACGGUGGACCUGCGCAAGCUGACAGACUCGGUCAAGUCGCUCGAGGAGCGGAUCCCGAACAUGGUGGAAGAACUCACGGAGCGACAGAGGUCGAUCCAGCGCGAUAUGGAAAGCACUCUCAAGGCUUCGGAGACCAAGGUCAAGAGCAUUGACCAGCUCUACCGGGAAGCAACAGCGGAGAACGAACUCAUGUAUGAGAAAUUCAAUAGCGAGCUAGGCAAGAUUGUCAAGGCGCUCAAGGGCAAGGGCCGCGAAGACAAAGAGGAGCUCCUAAGGAGCUUGCGCGAGCACAGCGAAGAGACGGCGAGAGUUAAGAAGGAGAAUGCGCGGCUGAAGCGGGAGAUUGUCAGCCUUCGGACGUUGAUGAAGGGGGCCGACGCCUAA